UUUUCCUUAUCCCCCUUCCUUCUACCUCAAGUCCCAACUCCCGCGUCCCGAAAAGGCAAAAACUACAGCAAAAUCACAGCAUCCAUGGCACUCCAAAUCCAAUUCCUCCAUCCUUCCGCCAUUAAAGACCUCUCUUUUUCCUCAUCCCUCUCUCCCCACCCCAUCCACUUCCACCCCUCCAACUCCAAACCGCCCGAUUCCCAGAUCCCAUCCUCUCCAUCCCUCUUCACUGUCCUCGCUGUUGCCGUCAAUCCACCCCAGGAAUCCCCUGCCAAUAGCCCCCAGCGCCUCCUCAAGGAGCUCGCCGAGCGAAAGAAGACCGCUUUCCCUAGGAAAAAGAUCCCUCCCAAGCGCUUCAUCCUCAAACCCCCACUUGACGACGCCAGGCUCACCGAGCGCUUUCUCAGAAGCCCCCAGCUCUCCCUCAAAUCCUUCCCUCUAUUGAGCUCCUGUCUGCCUUCCUCCAAACUGAGCAAUGCCGACCGUACCUGGAUCGACGAGUACCUCCUCGAAGCCAAGCAAGCCUUGGGCUACCCUCUCGAGCCGUCGGAUAGCUACGACGACGAUAACCCCGCGAAGCAGUUCGAUACAUUGCUAUACUUGGCGUUCCAACACCCGCAGGAAGGAUGCGAGAGGACCAAGACUAGGCAUGUGAGAAAUGGGCACUCGAGGCUCUGGUUUUUGGGUCAGUACGUGCUGGAGAUGGCGCUGGCGGAAUUUUUCUUGCAGAGAUAUCCGAGGGAGUCCCCGGGGCCAAUGCGGGAGAGGGUGUAUGCAUUGAUUGGGAAGAGGUUCCUGCCAAAGUGGAUUAAAGCCGCGAGCUUGCACAACUUGGUGUUUCCUUACGAUGAUAUGGACAAGAUGAUUCGGAAGGACAGGGAGCCGCCUGUUAAAUGUGUAUUCUGGGCAUUGUUUGGAGCUAUAUAUCUUUGCUUUGGCAUGCCUGAAGUUUAUCGUGUACUGUUUGAGGUAUUUGGAAUGGAUCCAGAAGAUGAAAGUUGCCAACCAAAAUUGAGACGACAGCUGGAAGAUGUUGAUCAUGUAUCGGUUGAAUUUGAACAAAGACAACUAACGUGGCAGGAUGUUGCUGCUUACAAGCCUCCACAAGAUGCCCUUUUUGCACAUCCUAGGCUUUUCAGAGCAUGUGUUCCGCCUGGAAUGCACCGGUUCCGAGGCAAUAUCUGGGACUAUGACAGCAGACCCCAGGUCAUGCAAGUGUUAGGAUAUCCUUUGCAAAUGAAUGACAGAAUUCCAGAGAUCACAGAGGCAAGGAACAUUGAGCUUGGUCUUGGGCUUCAGUUGUGCUUCUUGCAUCCUUCAAAGUACAAGUUUGAACAUCCUCGGUUUUGCCUGGAAAGGUUGGAGUAUGUUGGGCAAAAGAUUCAGGAUCUGGUGAUGGCUGAGAGAGUGCUUAUGAAGCAUCUUGAUGCUCCGGGGAAAUGGGUGCAAGAGAAGCACCGCCGACUCUUGAUGAACAAGUAUUGUGGACGGUACUUACGGGACAAGCAUCUUCAUCGCUUUAUCAUAUACAGUGAAUCUGUUCAGGAAAAAUACGAGCACAACAGGAGGCUCAAGAAUCCUAUCACAUCUGCUGUGCAGCAGGCCAUACAUGGCCUAUCAUAUACUGUAUAUGGUAAGCCAGAUGUCAGACGGUUAAUGUUUGAGGUUUUUGAUUUUGAGCAAGUCCAGCCAAAAGCUGUGUGAAGUUCUGGGUUCAGUUUUCCGAUUAUUGGGCACUACUUUUUGGCUUGUUUUAACUCUAUGUGGUUAAAAAUGCUUCUGAGGCUCUUCCUCUCUCUUUAAUUGAGACCAAAAUUUGGCUUGGCCUUGGAUUGUUCAAAAGCUUCAACAUAAUAACCUUGUAGGUGUUUCUGGAAGCUGUAAAGUGCGUAAACUUACGACGGAAAUUUAUGUAAUUCUCUCUACUGUUUUGGAUAUUAUAUUAUUGUUAUUAUUAUUAUUAUAAA